CAGUCAGUCCCACAGCCUGUUAUUAUACCUGCCAUCCUUGGCCACUGGCAAGCUGAAAACCUCUUAUCAACUGUGCUCUUGUGGCUCUUGCUUCCUGCCGGAGCUACAUUUGUCCACUGCUGCCCUCUCCAGCAUUUUCUACCUCUCAGCACUUUCCCAGAGUGCUCCCUACAUUCUUAGGUCUUUCUGAAUGAUUGACUCCCUAAGGGCACAACAUUUUGGUAGCUUUCAAGGAGAAACUGCUCUUUUCCCACACAGCCUGUUGCAAACCCUGAGCUAGCACCUACACCCUCUCUCUGAUUGUGGAAGGAACACUUCUAUGGAAGAACUCUAGGAAGUACAGACAACUUUAAAGCAGAAUAUUUGAUCCUCAAUGUUGGCCAAGUGGUGAACUUACCAAGAAGUGUUGGUCACUGCUCAGUGAGCCUUUUCCUACCAAGUCUGAUUCUAGGAGAAUGCUGUUGGAAAAUGAGUCUUGUUGAUUUCACCUUUGUUGAUUUUGGAGUUGCAUGAGCAAUUAACCUCUUUUUCUCCUUCUCCCCCUGGCACAUCAGCUUACCCGACGGUUGCCACCCAUCAAGGAAGCUAAGCCUCGAUUGCAGAAGCUCUUCCGGGAUUUUUGGCUGUAUUCUGUACUGAUGGGAUUUGCUGUGGAGGGGUCAGGACUCUGGCCGGAAGAGUGGUAUGAGGGGGUCUGUGAAAUAGCCACCAAGUCCCCCCUGCUUACCUUUCCCAGCAAAGAACCGCUGCGGUCCGUUCUCCAGUAUAAUUCGGCGAUGAAAAAUGACACAGUCACCCCUGCUGAACUGAGUGAACUCCGAAGCACCAUCAUCAACCUUCUGGACCCUGCCCCUGAAGUGUCUGCCCUCAUCAACAAGCUGGACUUCGCCAUGUCCACCUAUCUCUUGUCUGUUUACCGGCUGGAAUAUAUGAGGUAGACAAGUCUUUGCCUCCCUGUACAUCUACAAUU